AUGUAUGAAGAUAUCGUGUUCAUAUCCCGUGGGAUAGAGACAAUCCGCGCCUCCCAGCAAUCUGAAGAUCGUCAAGCGAAUCCUUCUGAGGAUUUGCAGACCGAAGGUUUCUAUACGUUCCGCAGGAGCAAAGCCAUCCGCAGGAAGGAACUGCCUCCUAGGUUAGCCGCGAUUCAGACGGUGCAGAGUGUUAGGAAGGUAGAUCAGAUGCAAAAUGGUGGACAGCUCGGUGGGACAGUGCAGCGCGGACAGGGUGAGCAGAAGGUUGUUAGGUGUGAUUUGAAAUUGCAGAACAACAAAUUCAGAUACACAAAAUGCCUGCGAAGGUUGAAGAUGAAAGAAGUGCGACUCAAACAGGUGAUCCGAUACGGAAACUUCCGACCAGAAAGGAGAAAACCCAGCGAGGAAAACAGGAAAAUUGCAGGCAAAGCGACGGAGAAAGAGAAGGCUAAGAAGGCUGUCGUUGAGUUCGGAUGGAUUACAAGGUUGAAGAUUCGCAGGAAGACGAGCCAGGGCAGCGAUGUCACUUCUAAUCGAGCUCCGAGGAGUUGGAAUGGUGCUACAGCGGUAUAA